AUGGCUGACGUUACCGACAAGCCGGUGGCAGUUGCAGACAAGGCUGCGGGCGCAGAGGUGGAGGCGGGCGCAGAGGUGGCGGUGGACGAGGACGGAUCGGUGGGGGCUAUGUGGAACGGAUGCGUGGUGAUGGGUGAUGGGGUGGCCGAGGACAAGAACCGCAAGUACCGACGGACAAUGGAGGACAAGCACAUCAUGAUCAAGGCGCUGGAGACGGGCGCAGGGGAGCUGGUCGAAGUCGAUGGCGUGCAGCCGGCGCUGUAUGCUGUCUUUGAUGGUCAUGGUGGUCGAAAGGCGUCGGCGCUGAUGGAGAAGCAGUUUCCGACCAUUCUGGCCACAUCGCUGGAGGCUGUUGCUGGUAGGACCGCGGGUGGCCGCCACGUCGGUGUGGCGCUGGCUGAUGCGCUCGCUCACGCCGAUCAUGCCCUGCUAGAGGACGGCAUCGUGUACUCGGGUGCAACUGUCGCGGUUGCGUUGGUCGUCCCCGACUCUACCGGGCGCGGAACGUGGAUUCACUCGGCCAACGCCGGCGACACCCGGACAGUGCUGGUGGUGAAGUCUGAUGCUGGUGACGCUACAGCAAUCCGCCUCUCGCGCGACCACAAGGCCGACGAUGCCGACGAGGUCGAGCGCAUCGAGGCUGCAGGCGGGUUUGUCAGCGGCGGCCGCGUCGUCUCGGUCCUCGCCGUCGCGCGCGCUCUCGGGGACGGGUCGAUGAAGGACUUUGUCCCAUCCGAGCCGUACCUCUCCGACACCCUUGUGACUGCGGCCCAGCUGGCGGCCGGAGCCUUCUUCAUCAUGGCCUGUGACGGCGUGUGGGAUGUCAUCCCGGACGACGACGCCGCCGCCAUUGUCGCUCAAGAGCUCGUCACAGACACCGGCACCGAGGCUUCCGCGGCCAAAGCCCUCGUCCGUGCCGCCAUUGACGUCGGAUCGACCGACAACGUCACCGUGAUUGUCGUCCGUCUCGCCGCUACCGGCCGCGCCUGA